UUUGUCAUUAUUGAAUUUAGGAGCGGGGUGUCAUUCCCCAUUUCCAUUCCGAUAAGGCAGAGGGGAGAGGUCGAGCGGCGGAGGAGGGGGAGGCGAUUCCUUGUGUUCAUGGUGAUUUCGAGCUCAUCCACGGCAGGAUACUGACUUCUUCCUCUUGUUUCUCGUCGUCCGCGGCUGCUCUGCUACUAACUCAAUGGGCAGACUACGGAAAGCCUGUCCCAAGGAUGUCCGCUUGUUUCUUCAGUCGAGAGUGCUGAUUCUUCAAAAGAACCUUUCGUGCCUAACGAUUUUGCUGAUGAUAAUGCUAUGUCUUUGGAUUCUUCUGGUGAUGAUGAAGAGCUUGGCAAAGCACUUUACAAUUUCUAUGUGAAAAAUAAGGUCAAGCACCUGAAGAGGAAAUUGUCUUCUGUUAGUAGAAGGAAUGUUAGGCAGAAACGAUCUUCUGAUUACCCUGUUUGUUCGACGUUCACUCGAUAUUCUGGAAAGUUCUUCUCAGGAGUUGUUGAUGGCAUGUGUUCUAGGUACAAGGAUUCAGAAGUAUGGCAUGGGCUGUCUCCUUAAUUUUGUCCGGGCCGAGGUUCCUCUUAGGCUAGUUAAGUGGCUUGCAUCUAGGUUCGACGUUCCUGCUUCUGAGUUUCAGUUGAAAAGGAAAUUCAUACCCUUAACUAAGUAUGAUAUCCAUGACAUCCUUGACCUCCCAGUAGAUGGUGAGCCACUUGUUUCAGAUCCUGAGGCUGGUCGUGAUUUUAUCCUCUCUCAUUUCAAUCUUACCAGUAUCCCACCAGUGUCCUUUUUUGCCAACAAGCUUAAAUCUGUAGAAGUUGAUUUGCUUGAUGAGGACGUCUUCAUUUUUUUCAUGAUUGUGGCUUUCUCUACUUUCCUUUGUCCCAACUCUAGCCUCAGUCCUAGUCCGAAGUACCUCCACAUCUUUCAGGAUUGUCAGUCUGUGCGUUCCUAUGAUCUUUCUAGUUUUGUUUACGAGUGGCUUUUGAGUAGCAUCAAAAAAAUUCAAGGAUGCUACUAAAGUUGCCUCCAAAAGAUCAGUGACCUUCGGUGGAUGCCAUUAUGCAUUUGCCGUAGCUUACCUUGAUCAUUUGAACUUUGGGCUUCAGUCUGUACCUGAUGUGAAACCUCGUAUGCUUGCAUGGAGAGGCAACAAAGUCAAGCAAUUUGCAGAGCUUGACCGAAACAACAGUCGCUCUUUUGGAAAGAGGCCCCUAAAACGACCAUGUGCUCCAACUAAUUUGCAGACUGCUCUUGAAGUCAUUGAGCUUGUUCAGACUAGAAACCAAGACAAACCUAAGAUAUUCAUUAAUUGGGCAGAGUCUCUUGUUUUAAAUGUUCUGGAAUGUGUGUUGAAUUCAUCUAUGCCCAAAGUGUCUGGAAGCGAGCAUCAGUCUAUGAGCAAAUUCUCUUUUGGUAACAAGUCUGUCUCAUUUCAUUCUGCUAUCGCCAAUGGUGUUUUUGCUAAAUCUGAUGGUAUUCCAGAGGUUGCUAUAUCUGAUGCUAUUCCGGAGGUUGCUAAAACUGAUGUUGCCCCAGAGGUUCCUACGUCUGAUGGUAUUCCAGAGGUUGCUACAUCUGAUGGUAUUCCAGAGGUUGUUGUACAGCAAGAGAGUCGUCCUGCGGUCACUCCAGAUGUUGUUACUCCCAUUGUCCCUCCUGCUGUUAUCUUUGGUGGUUUACAUAAUCCAGUUGUUCUAUCUAGCUCUUCAACACCAGCUAAAGUGCGUAAUGAGGCUGUUGCAAAAGAAGGUCAUGUUCCAGUAUGCGCCUUGUUUUCCAAAGUUAAAACAAAAGAUUCAAUUGCUGCAGUUCCACCCAAAGGUAUUUCUCCUUCAAAGUCUAAAUGUGAUAUCACUGAUGUCGAUUCUUUCGUGUUGCUUUCAGAUGGCCCUGCUAAGGAUUGUAAUGAGAAAGAUGUUGUUAAUGCUUUUGGGAUUCCUUCUUUUGCCGAGCUUAAUCGUGCUCUUGGUAUUCAGUCUCCUUCUAAUGUCUGCAAUUACACCCCAGUUCAUGCUCAUGGAAAAUCUCCUAUGGAAGAUACAAAUUCUUUUAGAGACCUGUCACCCCUUGUUCCAAUUCGCUUGUCGCAGUAUUUCCGUAAUGAGUUGGGUGAUGUCCAGUGUUCUCAGUAUGUUGCCGACAGAUAUCUGAAGUCGUUUAAUUCACCUAAUGACGAGGAUUGUAUUGUUAUGGUUAAUGUCGAUCACUCUGAUAAUUCAAAGCCAACCAAUCAUGUGAACUUAUGUUCUCCUGAUGUAAUCUUGAAAACUACUCCAAAAGGUGUUGCGAAGCUCAAUGAGGCAGUAGUUGAUGUCCAUAAAGUUGGUAGCUCAAACUUUGCAGCUAGGUGUCAAGAGCUAUCUAGAUCAAAUGAUGUUACUUACAACAAGCUGCACAGUUUUGCUGCCCCUGCAACAAGUUAUCGUAAUCCUGUAAAGGUUCCUAAUAGCCCAGAAUUAGAGAUCCUGUCAGACACGCUUGUUGUUUCUAGUGCUCAUCUUUCUAAGGUUCCUGCAUGUUCUAAAGGUGCUGCAUCAUUUCAGCCCCUUGGUGGUUCUACAACUAGUUCUUCUGCAGCUCAUGUCCCUCGUAGAAUGUUGUCCCUGGUAGAUUCAACUCAGAUCCUUAUGUUCCUCAAGUGAAUCGUUAUUCAGUUACUACUCAAGAAAGGCGUAAUCAUCUUGCAAUGGUUCAGAUUGCAAGUCAUCCAGAGUGGUGCAAGUACGAGGUUAUUCGAUAUGAAAGAGCUUACUGUAGUUACCGUAACCUUUCUUCACUACAGUUCAAAUCUCGCGACAAUUUCUUGAUCUUGUGUGUGUGUCGAUAUCUAUAUCAAUGAAGCUCACCCUUCCGUUUCUAAGAAACAUUUCUUCUUCUCUUACAUUGGUGAAACAAUUCUGGAUGGUACUAAUGCUGAGAUUGUUGGUAAUGCUUUCAAUGGUGCUAAUAGCGCUUUUCCUAUGUGGAGAAGCAACAUGCUGUACUUCCCUAUUUGUAGGUUCAGUCAUUGGUUUUCUUUUGUGGUUUGCUUGAAGGAGAAACUAUUUGUCUUCCUCGAUUCAUUAUAUGGCGAGUUCUCAGAUUUCCACCUAGCCAUUCGUGAUCCGAUUGUUAACAACUUCACCAAUCUAUGGGACACAUAUGUGACUCCUAUAUUGAGGAAGCGUAUUGACUUUGAAAAUUUCGACAUUGUGUAUCCUGCGGUCCCUCAGCAAAAUAACACGUAUGUCAAGCAGUAUCUCUAUACUCAUGGCUGCACUUUACUUUUUCUAUUGUUCCUUUCUUUGUAUUUUUAUUUUUUAGUUUUGAUAUGUGGCUUAAUUGUUGUUGCUCAUUAUUCUUUUUCAGGUAUGAUUGUGGUGUUUUCUCUAUUAUGUACAUGAAGCACUGGACUCCUAGGACUCCAAUUGGCAAUCUUUUUACGCAAGCUGAUAUAGAUAACAUCAGGAUCAAGCUCGUGCAGAACUAGAUAACUUUUUCUAUCUUGGGUGGUGAUUGAGUGUGAAGGUUUUCCUUGGUGGUCAACUGCAGAGUUUUCUUGAUGGUCAACAAGUCUGGAGAUGCUUCGGUCUUUUAUUAGCUUCUAUAGUUUAGCAAUGUGUUGGUUUUGAUCCAACAAUAUUAUUUGGUGCAAGAUUGUUCUAGGUUAAUGUACUUUUUGGGCUGAUGAGUUGUAUCCCUGCCUUUGUAACAGUUCAAGACCCUUUGUUAUUGGGAUUGUUUUUUCGCAUGUUUUUUUUUAGUUUUAUGUUGCACUAUAUUGAUUCGUUUAAUCAAUUUCUAGACCCUUUCUUGGCUGAAAUGAUUUUCAUGCUGUCUAUUGAUUCGUACGUAUGUUGUAGUCUUUUUACUAUUGAUUUGGCUACAUCAAGCUUACAUCUGGUAUUAAGUAAGUUCUCUCCUCAUUAUCUACUUUUAUCAGCAUAUAGUAAUUGUUUAUAGCUACUUUCUACAGUUUUACUCCUUUUCAUUUUGCUUUCUUUAAUUUUUUUUGCCUCAUCUUGUUUGUUGCAGUGUUGCUUUAUAGUUCUAAAGUUCUUGCGGAAACUUCCAAACAAGCAUAUCUUAUGGCUGUCUAUUAAGGGUAGAUGAGCCAUUCCUCCUCUCAAGUAAGCUAGGACAGCAACAAUCCUUCUUGUUUCCAGGAAUCUCUCAACGUCUUCUUCAUCGAGGAAUUCAUCAUCUCCGUCUUGUUCAAAUUCAUGUUGUAGAACAGGUCUGUGUCCCAUGGAUUAGAUUCUCCUCCACCAUCUUCACUUGCUGCCACUUCGUGAUGCAAGUCUCCCUCAAAUGUCUGCAAAGUUUUUGAACAGGAAAUUCCUCCAUGAUCUGUUCAUGCGAGAGGUGGAGAGAGAAGUUGGGACUUUUUUUGCUGACCUGUGGAUCCUGUUGCGGAUUCCUCUCUGAUGAUCUUCUUUCUUGCUGCUCGUCAGGUGAGAUCUGUCCAGUGGUUUGCGGGAGGGGUUUGGCCCUUUUUCGUGCGUUGCAAGUUGGGCACAUGCUGUGUGGGCCUGGAGGUCGACAGAGGUUGGGGUAGGUCCCUAAUUUUUCUGGAGUGGGUUGUUGUCGAGGGUUACCGGGUCAAGUAUUUUCCCCGACCUGUUUUGGCGUUCUUUUUCCACUGUUAGCUGUUUUUGUGGCUGUGCAGGUGUCAUCUGUUCAUUUGUCAGGUUUUUUGAAUGUUGUUGAAUUGGAAAACACUCAAAUGUCAAAUAGACAGUCCCGCCUUUGUUUUU